CAGACAUAUCAAUCGUAACAGUGUCAUCAGCUAUAUCACAUUCAGAAUCAUUUGGAUUGUAUGCGAAAACCGAAGGUCUGUACCCGAAGACUACACCCAUGCUCCUGUAAUGUAAACUACGUGAUCAAAGAUGGCAGCGCCAUGUGGACAAUCGCCGCACAGCGUCGAAAUUCAUUUUGCUCAGAGACUUGCUUCAAAUGAAAAGAAAAUACGUGACAGGGCAAUCAAACGAUUGAGACACUGGAUAGCUGCAAGAUCUCAAAAGGAUGGCAAUAUCAGUAAUGAUGAGCUCAUGAAGUUAUGGAAGGGUUUAUUUUACUGUAUGUGGAUGUGUGAUAAACCUGUCAUCCAAGAGGAGCUAGCCGAUCAAAUUUCAGACAUGGCUCACUGCUUCAGACGCCCAGGAGAAGCUUGCCUUUUCUAUGAAACCUUCCUUGCUACCAUGCGCCGUGAGUGGAUUGGCAUUGAUCACCUUCGUAUGGACAAGUAUCUCAUGCUUAUUAGGCGCAGUUUCCGUCAGAUGCUGGUCGUACUACAUAACAACGAAUGGGAGGAAGAAUUGGUCAAGUUGUUUCUGAUGUCAUUAAGUCGUUGCGCCCUGAACCCUGACAUGGAUGCAUGUCCUGACGGCCUCCGUUACCAGCUUGCUAACGUCUACCUGGAUGAGCUUGCAAGGGAAGGCACAGAAGAUCUGAGUCCCCAGCAAGCAUCAACAUUCUUAUUCCCUUAUGCAGAACUGGUUGCAAAGACUCUCAAUAAGAAGCUACGUGAUGUGAUCAUUCAGGAUAUCUUCCAGGAUGUGGUUGAAAGAUCAAGUGUUGGAGAGGCUGAAGAAGAUGAGGAUGAAGGGAUUGCUUCGGACGAGGACAGGAACAAGACUUCAAAGAAAGCUGUAAAGCAGAGGAAAAGGAAGAGGAAAGGAAAAUUUGAUGAUGAAGAAGAUGAUGACGACGAAGAGGAAGAGGAGGAGGAAGAUGAUGUUGAUAUUUUAGAAAAAGUCAUGUUUCCAGAGGAGAUGGUCCCGCCUCUUGAGUAUGAUUAUGGGAUGAUUGCAGACAAGUUGUUUGAUCUCGCCAGUGAGAAGAACAUUCCAACCCGUAAUAGAAAACCAAUAUACAGAAUGGUCAAAAGGUUCCAGAGCUUGGCCAAAGGAGUGUUCCCGAUGCCGGACCUCCUGAAAGAGAUCCGGGAAGACAGGGACACCGACUACCUCAAGGAAGAACUCCCCUGGUGGAAGAAACUGCAGGAGAAGGAGAAGAGGAAGAACAGGAGGAGGAAAAGGAGGAGGGGAAAGAAAGGUGGUAAAGGUGAAGGAGACGGUGGAGGAGAUGAUGAUGAUGGGGAGGAUGAAGGGGAGGAGGAUGAAGAAGAAGAGGUUGUGGUGAAGAAGAAAAAGAAGGUACAACAGGAAGACGAGGAGAUGAAGAUGGACAGUAAGAAAAAGAAAAAGAAGCAGAAAAUGAUGACCAUGACUGAUGAUCCCAAGGAAGAUGAGUCAGAAAGCCUUGCUCCUGCUGAUGUUGACUCUCAGUUCACAGAGUUGAAAUCAAUGAGCGCAAAAGGAAAGAAUAAGAAAGGAAAACGGAAAGGUGAGGACAAAACAGUUAUUGAAGAAGCUGUCCUGUCAGAAACUGCAUUCGCUGGAGAGGAUGUGGAAUCGGAGCCAAUCCCUAGCGUCAAAGACGGAAACCAGAAGAGGAAGAAGAAAAAGGGAAAUGCUAAAAUCACCAAUGUGAACCUAGAAUUUUCUGAAGGAUCUCAAACCAACUCUGAUAUUGACUCUUGUCUUGGUGAAAACAAAUCAGACAAUGAGACAAUUGAAGGUUCGGCACCUGUCGAGCCUCACACUCCAAGGACUAAAUCUAAAAAGAAAGGGAAGAAGAAGAAGGAGGGUUUGGCUAUGAGUGGGGAAAUUGAAGAUAGCAAUGAACUGGGUUUGAACAUUGUAUCAAAAGCCACAGAGUUUAUAUCGCCACAGAAGGAGGGGUCACCCAAGCCAUUCGCAGCUUUUGACAAGGUCUCUACCCCUGUCGCUUACGUGAAGAAGGCCAAGAAGAUGACGGAACCCAGUACACUUCCAAGGACAAAGGCAAAGAGUCGGGUUGAAACACAGUUCUCCCCACCAAUGACAAGAAAGAGAGUGAAGAUAGCAUUGUCUAAGAAUGAAUUCCAGCCUGCCACCGACUACAAGCAGAGGAUCAAACAGAGUCCGGGUGUCCCAUUCGAUGGAACUAAGAAGCCAGCAUUCUCUGUGUUGAAGCAGACACCCCCAAAGUCAGAGGUCAAGGUGCCAAAGGUCAAAGGGUCAGCAAAGAAGCAAGGCAAGGUUGGCAAGAGGAGACCUAAAGCUACAGACUUCUUUUGAUCACAUGGUCAGAGAUCGGGGGGGGGGGGGUCAAAGGGUCAUCAGGGAAGAAAGGCAAGAUUUGACCGAGGAGACCUAAAGCUACACACUUUUUCUGAUCAGAAGGUUAGAGGUCAGGGGGUCAAAGUUUAAAGGGUAAAAAAGAACUAAAGCAAAGAAAUGUUAGCAAGAGGAAACCUAAAGCUACAGAUUUGUCAUAUGAUUUGGAUAAAUUUUUUUCAAUUUGAUUUCUUGUUUAUUAGAUUUAUUUCAAGCAAAUGUAAUGUUUGAAUAUGACCACAUGUAAACAGUGAGGAGCUUUCUUUUUUGCAUGGGAAAUGCAGUUGUGACAUUGAAAGUGGCGAUUGAAUUUGCAACAUCCAAUGGCUCAGAUGUAGCAUUGAUAUAAAAAAGAUGGAUAGAGCGAUAACUCGCUCUAUUUUAACCCUAAAAUGGCCGGGGGGGGGGGUGAAUCAACCCCCCCCUCAACAUUUUCUGCGAUCAUUCCGCCGCGCGAAAUUUUUUGACCACGCCACUCACAGAGUUUAUACUUUUAAGUCUCGCGCAUCUUUUGAGACCAAAUUUAAGACCCCCGGGUACGCGGUUCCGAAAUUACGCAACAUUUUGUAAGUGCAUGUCAGACCAAAAAUUGUUCCAAAACGUGAUUUAGUGUACAAAGUCAAUGCAAAUUGAGUUUUCUCAUCUUAUUCAUAAAGAUAUUAUUAUUUUUACUUUAUACAGCUGAAAGCAAUUGAUUUUAGCAUAAUUAUGCUUCAAAAAAGUUGUGCAAUAAAUCUGGUGAAGAAAACAAAGAAAAACAAAAGGUUGAAAAACAAAGAAAUACAUAAGAAAUUCAUAAAACAAUAAAAUACAUAGGAAAAUGAUUUCCAAACCGAAGUUUUUUUCAAUUGCCAUUGUUAAGAAUGCUACAAAGAAUAUUUUUUACAAAAAAUUUGCAUUCUAGGAGCUUUAUUUAGUGAAUUACAUGUAGAGCAAAAAGUAUGAUUUAUGCAUAAAUUAGCAUAAUUAAUUCAUAUAAAAUGAAAUCUCAUUAUUUUGGAAAAUUUUACCAUACAGCCUUGUAGAUUACAUCGCACACUACCAGCGUGCAAAUUUUUGCGGCGCUCGCGCGAUCGGCGGCUGAGAUCUCAGGGGGGGGGUUGAAUCAACCCCCCCCCCCCCCCCCCCGGCCACAGAACAGCCAAAAAAGCCCGGCCUAGUUAGGGUUAAGCCACAGGAAAUACUUGAAGUACUCCAGAGAGAAGGUUAAGUGUGCACAAAGUUAAACAAUUUUGUCUCUUUCGUUGCAUGUUUUUCACUUGUUAGUGUGGCCCAUAUACUGUUAAUUGUGUCAUGUAUUACUUCUCCUCUGGCUUCAAUAUGUCUGUGGCAUUAUUCCACAGGCUCUAUCCAUUUUGUCAUAUCGAUGAUAUAAGUUUGUUAGCUGUCUUAAGAGCAUUUGUCAUCCAAAAAAUGAAAUGUCAGGAUUCCCACAGUCAUGGAAAAUUUUGUGGUCAGUGAAUUUGGAAAAUUUGUGAAAAGUCAUGGAAUUGCAUUUACCUCUUGGCUAUGGCAGCUUUCCAGUUUGUCAUGUCUCACAACUCUCAUACUCUGUGAUCAUAAUUGGUGUUCCUGAUUUCCAUUUUUCCCAGUUUUGUGACAUCCCAAAUUCUACAUAACUCCCGCGAUGUCACGGGAAGUCAUGGAAAGCAGCAAUUCAGUCAUGGAAAAGUCGUGGAAUUCUGUUCUCAAAUUUCUGUGGGAACCCUGAAUGUACUAUUAUUUUAGGGGAGGGAGAACAGUACUUGCUGUUUAUAAAUUAAUUAUCAGUUACGCUAACAUUUUAAUAUUAUAGGGCACUUAUUCAAUUAUAGGUUUUGUAUAUGAUACAAAAUAUUGUGAACUUGUUUCACUCAAAAAAACCCAGUAGAUUCUGCAUACGUCAACUUGAAAAAAUAUGCGUGUCAUUUACAUCUAAUCAAUUCAAUGUGAUCUAAGUCAGCGCUUCUCAACCUUUUUUUACUCGAGGACCACUUUGACUCUCAGAUUUUUUUUCAAGGCCCACCUACCAAAAUUUUAAGAUAGCGAUAUGACUACUUGUCUCAACUCAAAGAUAGACAAUGAUUAUAAUGAGCAUAUAAGUGCGUAUGAAAUCCAGUAGCCCGGCCUUUGAGCCCCUCCUCCAAAAAUAAUCCAACCAUGACAACAUAACAACUUAAUAACAAGAAUGAUGAAUACCUACAACAUUCGACACACAUUGUUUUAAUAUGGCUUUGCAUGACUGCCAGGCAUGAUGAAUUCAAAUUUAAUAUAUUCAGGGUCAUAUUUUCUUACAGUUACAUUAAGAGAUUUUUCAAUUUGUUUCCUCCCUCGCCAUUUUUAUAUCGCCUUAAAAAAGGUCAAUUUUGAUGAAAAUGUGUUUUCGUAAAUUUUGAACACAAAGCCCUGAAGCACGUUCGAAACAAACAGUUAAAAAAAUAACUGCAUCCCCAAAGGUCCGGUAAAAGGACGACAAUUAACUAAAUUAUAUACAAUAUGCAUACAUGAUAAGGUUCACAUCAAAGUUAGAUCGAGACCAUCACAAUCUGUAUGCAUAUUGCAACAUGCAUAAAGCAUGCUUUAGCUUUGUUUGACCCACAUAGACCGAUCAAACAUAACAUAUUUGUGCUGUCGGACAGGUUCAGGUCUGUGAAACAUACUAUAGUUUUUCCCCCAUUUGUUUUCUUCCUUUGGAGCUUCUCGCGGCCCACCUGGGAGAGCUUCGCGGCCCACCAGUGGGCCGCGGCCCACCGUUUGAGAAGCGCUGAUCUAAGUCAACAGACUUCUGUGGUUUGAAUAAUUUCAACCGAGGCAGUCACCUGUAACCACAAGUAAAUCAUUUGCUUAUUUCAGUGAUUCAACUAGUAUAGCGAUCAAGUUUCACUCGUGAACGUUCUCAUAUUAAUUCAGACUUUCCGAUUGAGAUUUAAGAUUUAAUUUUGUUUUUAUUUCUGGUCAUAGAGUACAAACAAAAUAACAUUAGAAAGUCAAAUAUAUCAUAAAGCCUGCCGGUCAUAAUAAUUCAUAAAUAUAAAGAAGAAACAAAAAAGAAUCGGCUUUGGCAACGAUAAGUAUAAGAAAAGAGGAAAAAGGGCUUGACAAGAAUGCUUGUAUGAAGGGCUAGCCCUUGUGACUUAGUUCCAAACUGUAGGCAUUUCAAAAGUCUAGCAAUGCAGCAAUUUUUUAUGUUUAAUUUUCUAUUAAUAUUAUAUGUAAAAUCAUCCUGAUAUUAUCCAUUAUUACUUGAUUAUGAGGUAUGCAGGCUUGUAGCGGGAUACUUCAAAGUCUGUCAUGAGAUUUUAUAUAACAUAGAUUACAAUUCGGUGAUACCGGACUUUGUUAUGAAAAGCAAUCAAAAUCUGUGUAAUAUAUACAUGCAACUCAUCUUCAAGAUGAUGGUGAGCCCUUUGAACAUUAUAGCAGAUGAUGAUGAUCAUGAUGAUGAACUUUAUCAUUGGGACUUGGCGCAAUUUAAUUUUAAAAUCAAGCCAAAAUCUGACACCGUAUAAUGUACUGUAACUACAUCUUUUGGACUCGGCCUAUUAAACUUUAAAAUCAGAUCAAAUUACAAAAGUUAUUUUGCUUGAUUAGCUGUAAAUCAGAGUGAGAUAAUUAUUUUUCUUCAUAAAGCCAAAGAGGAGUAUGAAGAAUAGCAAUUAGACAUUGGUGUUUUGGUUGACAAGGAUAUUUUUUGUUGAAUACAAAAAUGUUUUAUUCUGAUACUUUGUAUUUGCUGACUGGCUCUCAUUAAAUGUGGCAUCAAACAACAUUCAAA